GAGCGGAAGUGGCGGCCGCGUGGCGGAGGCGGCAAUGGCGGCCCCCGGCAGGAGGAGCCUGGCGGAGCUGAGCCUGGACGAGGUCCUCGCUGCCGGCUCGGAGUCGGAGCCUGACGGCGGCUGGGAGGAAGAGGAGGAGGAGAAGCCCGCCAAGGGGCCUGCGAGGCGGCGGAGGCCGAGCGGGAAGGAGGGGAAGGAGCCGCAGGCGCAGCCGGGCAGGAAGAAAGGAAAGGCAUCUGAACACAAGGAUCAGCUCUCCAGGCUGAAGGACAGAGAUCCUGAGUUCUACAAGUUUUUGGAGGAAAACGAUCGCUCGUUGCUGGAUUUUGAUGCCUCCGACAGUUCUGAUGAGGAGGAGCCACUGCACAGACCCCCUGAUACACUGGAGGAAGCAAGUGAUGAAGAUGAUGAAGAAGAGGAAGAACAAGAAAAAGUCAAAAGGAAGAGAGUUUCUUUCAUCACUGUGAGCCUGAAAAUGGUUGAAAACUGGAAAAAAGCUGCACAGAGAAAUCUGACACCAAGGCUCUUCCAUGAAAUCACUCAAGCUUAUAAAGCAGCUGUAGCAACCACCAAAGGAGACAGUGAGGGUGAUCCCAGCAAGUUCCAAGUGACUGAUACUGCAGUGUUCAAUGCCCUUGUGUCCUUCUGUAUCCGGGACCUCUUCCACUACCUGCAGGAGCUGCUGCUUCCCAGGGCCCCAAAGAAGAAAGCAAAGAUGGUUCUCCCUUCCACCAGCCCACUCUGGGGCAAACUGCGACUGGACGUAAAAGCGUACCUUGGCUGUACCAUACAACUCCUGUCCUGUUUGACAGAAGCCUCGGUGGGUGCAGCGGUGCUCCAGCACGUCAACUCCAUAGUGCCUUAUUAUUUAUCCUUCCCCAAGCAGUCCCGUGCCCUUCUCAAGCAAACAAUUACUUUGUGGAGCACAGGUGAGGAAACAGUGAGAGUCCUGGCCUUCCUUGUGCUGAACAAGUUCUGCCGCUACAAGAAGGAGGUUUACCUGAGUCCCUUGCUCAAGCAAAUGUACAUUGCCUUUGUGAAGAACUCCAGGUUCACCUCUCCCAACGUCCUGCCCAUGAUCAACUUCAUGCAGCGCACCCUGACAGAGAUGUACGCCCUGGACACCCACACCUCCUACCAGCACGCCUUCAUCUACAUCCGCCAGCUCGCCAUCCACCUGCGCAGCGCCAUGACCAUCAAGAAGAAGGAGAACUUCCAGUCUGUUUAUAACUGGCAGUAUAUCCACUGCCUGUAUUUCUGGUGUCGUGUUCUCAGCACAAUCUAUCCCAGUGAGGUCAUGGAGCCCUUGAUCUAUCCUUUGACACAGGUCAUCAUUGGCUGUAUAAAGCUGGUACCAACGAACCGUUUCUACCCUCUGCGCAUGCACUGCAUCCGUGCCCUUACCCUGCUGUCUGAGAACACCAGGACCUUCAUCCCAGUGUUGCCAUUUAUCCUGGAGGUCUUCCAACAAGUGGAUUUCAACAAGAAGCCAGGGCGAAUGAGUUCCAAGCCCAUAAACUUCGCCGUGAUCUUGAAGCUUUCCAAUGCCAACCUGCAGGAAAAGGCCUUCAGAGAUGGACUCAUUGACCAGCUCUAUGACCUGAUGCUUGAGUAUCUCCACAGCCAAGCCCACAGCAUUGGCUUCCCAGAGCUGGUUCUGCCCACUGUCAUUCAGCUGAAAUCCUUCCUGAAGGAGUGCAAGGUUGCCAACUACUGCAAGCCCAUCCGGCAGCUCCUGGAGAAGCUGCAGGAAAACUCUGCCUACAUCUCCAGCAAGCGCCAGAGAGCCGCCUUCGGCGUGGCCAGCAGGGAGGCUGUGGAACAAUGGGAGAAGCAGGUCAAAGAGGAGGGGACACCUCUGACCAAGUAUUACACUCAGUGGAAGAAGCUGAGGGAGAAGGAGAUACAACUGGAAAUCAGUGGCAAAGAAAGGCUUGAAGACUUGAACUUCCCAGAAAUCAAGCGCAAGAAGCACGAUGAAAGAAAGGAGGAAGAUAAGAAGGAAUUCAAGGACCUCUUCGAGAUGGACAGUGACUCUGAUGAGGAGAAGAGUGGAUUCUCUGUAAAAGGUAAAGGCAAAGCCAAGCAGGCAUCAGAUGACAGCUCAGAAGAGAGCAGCAAGGAGUAUGGUGAGGAUGAUGAUGACGAAGAAGGAAGUUAUGAAAUCGAGGAGGACGAGGAAGAACUGGGAGAGGACAGUGAGUCAGAUGAGGAAGGCAGGGAAGGUGCUCAGGAUUCCCAAGGGCCACGGAAGCAGAGGAGCUGCCCCCGAGGGAUGUCACGCUCCGACCUGGAACAGCUCGCCCAGGGCGGGGAGGACAUCGUGGAGGACCUGGCCUUCUCAGAUGAUGACUGAGCUCCCUCACAGCCUCCCCUCCACGCUGAUCCCUUACAGACUGGAUUCCCUGAGCCUCCAGCACCCAGAGCAGGGGGUAAGAGCCAGGAACACGGCGGGUGGGAGCCCCAAGUGCCACCGAGGACUCGCUCAGUGACGCGGCGGAGACACAACUUGGGACUCUCGAGCUUUUUCUACCAGUUAUGUUUUUGGUAACAAUAAAACUGUGGUCACGUCAAGGCCAGUGAAACUGCUCAGCAGAGAUAAUAAAAAGCCCUCAUUAAAAAUCUGCUGCUUUAAAUAGCACAGGGUUCAGUUUGAGCCCCUGCUAAGCGAGCUGAGCAAGGGAAGUACAAGUUUUUUUGGCUAAGGUUCCUCCUCUCUGCUCCACCACCCACCCCUGUCACCCCUUAUCUUGCUCUGGGGCACUCACCAAAACCAACCCUGUUGCCAAGAAGGUCUUAAGGAUGGCACAGUGUGUUUCAGAGCUUUGUAGCUUCAAUGGAAGCCUUUUAUCAGCUCAGUCAAGCUGGCUGUAAGUGUGCUACAGAAGGUAACUUCACAUUAAAGUUCCUUGGGUUGGGGAGGCUGUGCAGGCAGGAAGGAAUAAGGCACAACUAAUAAUGCAGGAAACACUUCCAUUUUUGUUAGCUGUUGGAUUUGUGUGGGAUACAUUUGCUUAUCAAAAACAAGGGACGAGUCUGAGCCUGGCAGUACCUGUCACCCACAGGGACAUAAAAUCAGCCUUUUCUAGGGCCAGUCCCAGCUGCUGUGAACACCCUUUUGUUCUGGGAGACCCCAAAACAGUGACUUUGGCUUUUACUGCCUCAAAGCCAAGCCCUGCAUCACCUGGGCAUCUUCCAGAUGCAGCUCAUUAUGUCUCUGCCCCUGGGAGUGCUGCCAGUGGGGGGACAGUUUAGCUCGAGGUGGGCACUGGGCAAUUUGUGAUCUGCUGGGGAAAAAAAAAAAACAGCUUCUGUCUUGAGACCACGGGUAGUUUGCAAGGCUGGCAGCUAGGAAACAUAUUUCUUUGGAAAAUAAACUGGAAAUAGAGGGCAUUUGCUGUUCAGUAUCCUUAGGGCACAGCUGACAGAGUCACUCCUAAAAAUUAACUGUGCCUUUUGAGAACGUUAUUAUUUGUUAAUGCAGAUUUUUUUUUUUUGAAAAGAAGAUAGAAGGCCAGGAGUAAAUACAUGAUAUUUAUUCUUCUCUGCCACCAUUCAGUGAGGUCAGUAGGUGUCUGUCAGUGCUUAGGGUGGCCAAGUGACUUGCACAGAGAGGGGCAGCUCUGCCUUCAUGGCACUGCCUCCCCGUGCCCUUCCAGGCAUCCUUACACCUGCACACCACAAGAGGACAAGAUGGUUUUU